GGGAGACCUGGGGCGCCGGGCUCGCUGCGCGCUCCCCGCACACCCACCAUGGCUUCCCGCAGCGCGGGCACGCUCCUGACCGAGUUCAAUGCCGCCUACGUACCCCCCGGCCUCAUGCCCGGGUACCAAGGCCAUGUACCCAGUGUGGCCUUCACCUUCGGCUCCCCCUAUGGCACCGCCACUCUCAAGUACUUCCAGGACCAGCGCAACGCAGCCCUGGAGAAGAGCCACACUCCCUUCAGCACAGGCGGCCACUUCCCGACCCUCUUCUCCUCCAACCCCGACCUGGUGCUGAGCAAGCGCUCCCACACGCGGGACCGCUGGCUGCACGCCCCUGUCUACACCCGCUUCAACCUGGACAGUGACCGCUCCACCCAGCUCGCGGGGUUCUACCAGGUGGCACAACAGCAUCGGAAGUUCUAUCUAGACAAGACGGGCAUGGUGCCCCGGGUUCCCUACUUCGUGCUGCCUGUGAAGGAGUGGGAACGGUACCCCCUCCCCACCGACCUUCCUCCUCUGACACCAGAGAAGAAGUGGCACCUUCUAAGAACAUCUCCUGAGAACAUGAAGACCUACCAGACGUUCCCCUCGGGGAAGAGGGUCUCCCCACAGGAACGGCAGAAGAGAGAUCGUUACUUUGAGUUUAGAGCAUGAUGCCUGGGAGCCUGGCUCUGAGCAGAUUGGCUUUUUGGAAUAAAAUCUUUAGCCACG